AUGCAUGGCAGCUUCAACAAAUACCAUGCUGAGGUCCUGAGAAUUCUGGACAGAUUCAAAAGAGCUUAUGAGUGGUCGGAUUUCAUAGAACCACUCGACUCCCUCUGUACUGUUUUCAAAAAGUACAAUGCAGGAUACGUCCCCUGCAUUCCACAGCUUGUAAAGCGGCUGAACCAGCUACUGAAUCCUGCUCUCCCUGGAGGAAUACAUCUCAAAACAAUAGAAUGCUACAACGUAAUGUUUGACUACAUCAACCAGGAGAAUCUGGUCAAGGACUUUGAUGUUCUAACUGUAGGCUUGUUUAACUUUUCGACUAGCUGCAGAAUUAUUGUGGCAAAUGAGUACUUGGAUCUUUUGGAAAAAAUCAUUUCCCAGCUAGGAUCAAAAAUUGAAAGCUUCUCAAAGCACGUAAUCUAUGGGUUCCUUCCAUUUUUAGAGUCUGAGAGUUCUGAUUUCUAUGGUAGAGCCUAUCUUGCCCUUAUUUCAUUUUUAAACCAGGUUUCUGAAAAGGUGUUUUACACUGCGCUCUGGAAAAACUUUAUCGACCAUCAAGAUCUGAGAAUAUCGAUUCUUAACUUUUUACAUAAAUACAAGGUGGUAGCAAUCCCCGACUAUACUCUGGUAACUAAGGCGUUCUGCCUGGGUCUUGAGGGUGACAACCCAUUCAUUAUCAGGCCCAUUCUCGAAAUGUCAAAUCGUGAUUUCCCAUAUACGAUCGAAAGUAUAACCCAGAAUUUAAACGGAAAGCCGGAACAGCAUGACGAGGAAGUAAAGAGCUAUCCAACCAUCGAUGUCAAGCUAUCUCCCAACCUAGCCUCAAGCUCUGACCGGAGCUCCGUCGAAGCAUCCUCAGUACAGGUAGAGCCAAAAGUGCAGCAAAUCAUCAAAGACCUUAUUUCGGAGCAAAUGAACGAUAGUGGCGAUGCGCAAACUAUGGAAAUGGCAAGCAAAGACAAAGACCAGUGUAAUGCAAGUAUAAUUAAGGGAGUUCUUAAAAUAUUUCUCAAAAAGGAAGUUGGAAUGCAUAGACGAGCCUAUAAAUGGCUAAAUAUUUCAGAAACAAUCAUGGACCGAGAUGUUGAUUAUAUCGAAAAAGGACUACGAACCUAUUUGAGUGGUACUGAGGAAGAUCUGUCAAGUUUCUUUAGGAUUGCCAAUGCGCUUGCUGAUAAGGAGAAUUUGACAGUGUUUCUGAUGGAGAGAUUAAUUUUAGAUGCAAUACAGAUUAUGAUGAAAAUUGAUGAGAGAAAGAAUGUGGAAAGUUUCUACUUUGUUAAGAAGAACAUAAGAACAUUUUUGAAUCACUCUUUGGAUGAAUUCUACAGGGUAGUUUACAUGAAGCUCAAUAGGAUUUUCAGCGAAUCAGAUGAAAUGGAUAAAACUAUUGAAGACUAUAGCGAUUUUGAUAUUGAAGGCACUUCGAGCGAUAGCAUGACUUUUAAGAGCUGCUAUACUCUUGACAGGCAGGGCUUCAAUGCUGCCGAGCAAUUGAUAAAGCUGAUUGUAUAUUCGUUUGAGGUUUUGGAUGCAGUGGACUCCAACGUCACAUCAAUCCAUAUUCCUCUAUUGUGUCACUUGAUCAUCCGAAACAAGAGAAGAAUAUCCCAUGGGCUAUUUUCUAGUUUUCUAGACAUAUUCCUGGAAAGAUGUGAAGGGUCUUUGAGCCUAGAGUCGAGAGAGGUUUCCUGUAGUCUUGUCAACUCAUUCUACCAGAAGGAAAGUCCUAACGAACUAUUGGAAAUAAGCCUAGUCGCUGCCCUGGCGAAGGAGCUAGGAAAGCUAGAAAUUUACACCGAAAGUAAAGAAGAUUCAAUAUUAUGGGCAGACUCGAAGCUUACUAUUCAAAAUGGAGUUUUGGUUUGGUCAGAAACGAGGAAUAUUCACAAGAUUGACAGACCAAGAGAAAGCUAUUUUAACUUUGAUGUUGACGAUGUGCAAAUUAUACAAAAGUUUAUCCAAAAGCAUGGCCACAAAGAUUUUCCUGAGGCUUUUUUGCAAAACCUGGGGAAAUAUCUGGCAUACAACUACAAGUUCAUAGAUCUAAUCAACUCUGUCAGCUAUUAUGUUGACUACUCCCUGCUUCGAGUCAAUCUCUGGAACGACUUUGUUUUAUCUAGGAGUCCUAAGUACCUUAUGCAUUUUCAAGAGGAAUUUCUUCUUCCGUUUAUUCUUGAAAUUCUUCCAACAGUAAAUCUUAAAGACAUCUGUCUGUUCCUGGAGGAGUCUCUGAACAUUGGAAAGUACUAUGAAGUUCUGUUUAGGGUAGCCACUAUUGUAGACCAGAAGUCAUCGGACUUUGUCUCUCUUCUUUUGAGUCUAAACGACACUGCUCCUUUACUCAAGAGCAUCCUAGACAGAUAUUACUUAGACUCCGACUCUUCAGAUCCGUAUAAAUAUGAUACAACCAUUGCCAUUUUGUUCUUGCUUCAAAGCUUAGUUGAAAAUGAAAAUUUUCUAAGGAUUCUUUUGGCCAAUACUGUUAUUACACUUGAUAAAUACGGCGACAUUGGAUCACAGGAAGCAUUAUCAAGCAUGCUAUUCACAGCCAUGACAAAAAAUAGGGAAAAGAGACAUACUGUAUUGGAAAAGGAGCAGCUAGAAAAGAACAGCUCAGUUAUAUUUGAUUACAAGAAAGACGAGACUGUUCAUGAUAACUCAUCGGCAGCCAACUGCCAGGACUUGAGUUGCAAUGAUAGUGUAAAAAAGGAGCAUCAAGUGUUGAACUACACUAAUGGCGUAAACAUUGAGCAGUCACUGAGGCUUUUGAACAUCAACUCAACCGUCAAUAACUACAAUAGAGUUUAUAGGUUUAUUUUCAACAUUCUGUAUAAACUACACAAGAAAUCAGUUCGUAUUAACACUCUUGAGUUUCCCAAGUUAAAAGCAUUAUUAUAG